AUGGCCAGCGGCGCUAACGAUCGCGACUCAACACAGCCAACAUGCCAAAACUGCCAAACCUCAACUACGCCGUUAUGGCGUCGCGAUGAAUACGGGACGGUUCUCUGCAACGCAUGCGGCCUGUUCCUCCGUCUUCACGGGCGACCUAGACCGAUCUCGCUCAAGACCGAUGUUAUCAAGUCUCGGAAUCGCGUCAAGACGAUGCGCCCCGGCAUGGCCUCAAAGAAGAAGCAACAGCAUGGCCACAACUUCAACGGUGCGACCGACCCCAAUGGCCUUGACCUUCACGGGCAGAACCCCGGCUCCGCGCAACGAAGACCCUCACAGAAGUCCACAAACGGCAAUGUAGACGGCGACUCCCCUGUCUCUCGGACCGGAACCCCUUCUCUGUACAACCCUAGCCUUCCCGUUUUCCAGGGAAUGGACGAUGCGCAGCUCCAGGCAGGUCUGCAAGGGUUUUCUGAGAACCGCUCUGGCUCGCCCCUUAACGGCGACCGCCAUCUCGACGUUCCUCAGACCCACGAACAGCUUAUCGCGACCAACUCGGCCCUCAAGACCCGCGUCAGCGAACUGGAGUUGAUCAACGAACUCUUCCGCGGCCGGCUGAGCCAGAUGGAGCAAGACGAGGCAAGCGCAAGACGUGGACAGGAAAUCAGCGGUAAGGCCGAGGCCCAGCUGCGCAUGCAGCUUGAGACCAGCAAGAAGCAGCUGGAGGAAAGCCACCGCAGAGAAAACAACCUCAAGCGUCGUCUUGACGAGCUGGAGCUGGAGCUUAAGGAGGCCCUCGACAUGUCGGACUCUGGUCGCGCAGCAAAGAAGCUCAAGGUUACAGAGAUGGUUGGCGAAUCCGAAGGCUCGACGCCCCAGUCUACUACAUGA